GGCAGCGUAAGAGGCGCACACACACACACCGGCUCCAGGGAGAGGUCCCCGGCCACGUAAGUACUGCACACCGAGGAAGAUGAUGUCUUGCUGAAAGGGAUCGGCCUGAGCCAUCCCUUCUCCUCUCCCUCCUACCUCUGCAGAAGAUAAGGAGAUCCCAUACACUUACCCUGCAAGGAAAGCUUCUGCUGCAAGGCAUUCAUCUCCCACCCUGGACACAAAGCCCCACGUCGCCGGCUGCAGUUGUCUUCUUCUGCUGGAGUUUUCACCGGCCACCAUUCAUCUGCUCCGUCCUUGGUUGAACUUUCCUGUGCAGGGCUCACCCUAUUGUCCCCCCAUCUGAUGUGCCACCUUCGCCGGGUGCAUGCCUGCUUCACCCACUGCUGCUAUUCUCCUGCAGGACUCUAGAGCACCUCCAUUGCCCGGGCUCCGCACGCCAUCUACAGUUUACACCAAGCCAACUUUCUUAUUGUGAAGUCGGACACCAGCUCGUGUGGCAGGAGAAGAACUGAAGAUUGGUAUUUUUUUCCUCUUGGGAUUGAUAUUUUUUUGAAAAGCAAUUAUAUUCAGUAAAAUCUACCUUUUAUUUUUUAUGAAAAAAAGGAGAGGAUUUGCACAAGAACUGGCUCCAGAUGUUCUAGACCUCUCAAAACCCAACGUUCUGGAUCUCUCAACUUCUGACCUUCUUCUAGAACCUCACACAUUCGAGGAGUUCUACAAAACCUCCAGAGAAGCUACCAUCUAGCUGCCUUACCCCCCAAAAAAACCCUAUUUUCUUCCACUCAAGACCUAUUUGCUAUUGCACAAACCUUGACAUUGUCUCUACUUCAGAAAGACCACCCCAUCCCCCAACUAAAGAAGCACAAAGUCUUCAGUCAACCCCCCCCCCCCCCAAAUAAGCCUUGGAUUUGGCUGCUCUUUCAUACCCAUGAACAUACAAAGAUCGAACCCUAUAUCAAUCACAAGGUAUGGGAGAUCUAGGAAUAAAACCCAGGAUUUUGAAGAGCUGUCAUCCAUAAGGUGCACAGAACCCAGCCAGAGCUUCAGCCCCAAUCUCGGCUCCCCAAGCCCCCCAGAGACUCCAAACUCGUCGCAUUGCGUUUCCUGCAUUGGGAAAUACUUAUUGUUGGAGCCUCUGGAGGGAGACCACGUUUUUCGAGCCGUGCAUCUGCAUAGUGGAGAAGAACUGCUCUGCAAGGUUUUUGAUAUUCGCUGCUACCAGGAGUCCUUGGCGCCCUGUUUUUGUCUACCUAUACACAGCAACAUUAACCAAAUAGCUGAGAUCAUUCUUGGAGAGGCUAAAGCCUACGUGUUCUUUGAAAGAAGCCAUGGGGACAUGCAUUCUUUUGUUCGUACCUGCAAAAAGCUCAAAGAGGAAGAAGCGGCCCGGCUGUUCUAUCAGAUCGUGUCGGCCGUAGCCCACUGCCACCACGGAGGAGUGGUGCUGAGGGAUCUCAAGCUUAGAAAAUUCGUCUUCAACGAUGAAGAACGGACUAAGGUGAAACUGGAAAGCCUGGAAGAAGCCUACGUUUUGUCAGGAAACGAUGACUCUCUUACAGACAAACACGGUUGCCCAGCUUACGUGAGCCCAGAAAUCCUCAACACGAGCGGCAGCUAUUCAGGCAAAGCCGCCGACGUUUGGAGUCUAGGCGUCAUGCUCUACACCAUGUUGGUCGGACGAUACCCAUUUCAUGACAUUGAGCCCAGCUCCUUGUUCAGCAAAAUUCGGCGCGGGCAGUUUAACAUUCCAGAGACACUAUCCCCCAAGGCGAAAUGCCUCAUACGUAGCAUACUCCGUCGGGAUCCAACAGAGAGGCUCACAUCUCAAGAAAUUCUGGACCAUCCUUGGUUUUCCACAGAUUUCAAUGCAUUGAAUUUGGGAUAUGGUGCAAAGGAGGUGUCCGAUCAACUGGUGCCUGAUGUCAAUAUGGAUGAGGAAACUGACCCUUUUUUUAACUGAGCACAAGACUUUCCUAUUCGGUACUUGAGGUGACCAUGGCCACAUGAAGGAGUCCUUCCGGACUUUUAGUAUUCAAAAUCUCUUAUUGUCCCAGGAUGGUAGCUGGUAAAAAAAAAAAAAGGCUACACUGGGCUUCUUGGGUUUUGAGAAGACAAGUCUGCAAGGAACUACUCUACACAUGUAGCAUUAAGGCUGCUAUACAGUUAGUCUUUUAUUUUAUAAAUGUGUUUUUUUUGUUGUUGUUUUUUUAACUAGCAUGGAUACAGUGUAGCUUCACCCUGUACGGAGCCAAGGAGACUGCACACGCCAAUUCCGGUGCAGCUUUGUCACUCCUGUUAAUAGUCAUUUUAAAAAAAAAAAACAUUUUGUCUGUUUUUGCCACGCACAUCCUGGCAUCGCACUGUUAAAUUUUUUUAUUUUAUUUUUUCUUGUGCCAUUGUUCAGGGAAGGUACAAUUGGCCCUUUUUUUUUUUUUUUUUUUCUCUCUUGAUUGUGCCAAAUUGGUACAGUGAGAUAAAAAAAUAAAAUUAAAAUUAAACCAAGUUGGAUGCACUGACAUAAAAAAAAGUGCGUUAGUGUUUUUUUUUUUUUUUUGCCUAUUUUUAUCUCCUCUUAUUUUGUGUAAUUCUUAAUGACUUGGUA